CACUGCCACCUGAGGCAAGUUUCUUAACUCGCCUCCUGCUAGCAGCGCCCCUGGGCCCUGGCAUAUCAAGUACUCAGAGGCCCAAACAGCCCCCCCAACCCAAUAAAUAGUGACUAUGACAUCUUACAGCAGCCCCUCUGGCAUUUGCCUGGAUCCACAGAUUGCCUGGGCCUGAUUAAACAUAUCGGGACAUAAGUCCACAGAUAUUAGAUUGAGUGCAAAGGAAAAUAACUUUUUGGAGGGAUAGUGAAGUAUCUGUAAAGCAAUUCCAAUAACACUAGGAAGUGUGCAAACAUAUUCCCGUGGAGCUAAGGAUAUAACAGUGCAUACAACAUGGCCAUAUUAUAUCAGAGGGUGUAAUUACACAGAACCUACAGAUAUGUAAGUAUGUUUGAGGGCAUUGCAAAAAAACUAGUGAUGUUAGAGGAUUCUUGUUUCCAGAAACCCUUUCUGGGAGAAGCUCCAUACAUUAUUCCUCAUCAAUGUAGUACCAGAAGGUGGCGCUGUUCUGUUGCAGCCCCACAGAAAAUUAUUCAUCCUUGCAACUGGUGAGCACUGGUACUGCAGCUCCAACAUUUAUUACUGGGUUUAUUUUUUAUUCAUGUUUUCAAUAAGUUCGGAAUUCAACAUCUCCCAGAAAUGGUAUUUUAUUACAUUUAUUUUCAUAAUCACUUUGCAUGUAUUUAAUGACCCAGUGAUACAAGUCGGUGUGAGGGAACUGCAGUGGAGCCAACGCUAUUAACAUUUCUCCACACAAACUGCAGUGGAAUGAGGGCUAUGCAAGGCUGUGCGGAGGAAUCGCAGCCGACCCAGUGAUAUCACAGUGUGUGUGUGUUUGUGUGUGUGCACGAAUGGCAAUUGUGUUCCUUUGAGUGAUGCGGGAACAGAAAUAGAUGAUGGGAAAGUGACAGGAGGGUGCAUGGGAAAAGCAGAAGGUGCUGGGCUGCGUGAAGGGUUUGGAAUAAUUUGUUUUCUGCUGCUGGCAGAUACCAGAUAAAAAAGAAUUUGGUUUCCUAGCAACAGCAGCUGAUUUCCCAUAAUGAGUCUGUCCGUCUACUGACAUCUCUUUAUUUCUCCCGCAGAACCUGAGAGAUUUUUUUUUCUCCAGUGUUCCAGGGUCGGCUGUACCCCUACAUGUCCGGCAGCUGCCUGCCCCCCCCCCCAUUCUUUCACUGGCUGGUAUGGCUUGAGUGGUCCUGCUGGCAAAUAGGAUAGGAGGAAACAACAGAAGGUGAGAGGCGGUAGGAGAGGGAACAGAGGAAGCUUAAGAAAGAGGGAGAGUGGGAAGAGGUUUGGGAAACCCUAAGAAAAAGGCAAGUGAGGGUGGCAUGGGGACUGGCAGAGGGACAGCUGGGGUGCAUAGAGUGUGAGAAGAAAGGGGGUCUGGAAAAAGAGCAUGAGAUAGGGGUGACAGAAGAGAUGCGCUCAGAUGAGAAGAGCUCCAGACCACUGAAUAGGUGACUGGGCUGAGACAGGGAAUAAGAAAAAAACAAACGGGGGUGGCAAGGAAUAAAGGAGACCAAAGGAAAGUGGAGGAGAUACUCAACCUCACACAGUGAGUGUGCCGGCAUCUGGCAGUUCUACACCAUCUGCCCCUGGUACCUGCUCUCUACAUGUGAGACUCUCCUACCCACCACAGGUUCGUCUGCAGGAAAAGCCUUUUCGGUAACGAUGGAAGAUUAUUUGCGUCUCCUGUACCUUAAUCUGUCCGGGCGGCUGGGCCCUGGCUGGGAGGGCGAGGACCCUUGCACAGACUCUGUGGGCAAUGUGACAUUCCUCGUGGUGGCCUACAGUGCCCUCAUAGCAGUGGGACUCAUUGGAAACUCUUGCCUUGUCUUUGUCAUUGCUCGUCAGAGAGAAAUGCGCAAUGUUACAAACAUUUUUAUCGCCAACCUUUCCUGCUCAGACAUCCUCAUGGCCUUGGUGUGUUUGCCCGUGACUGUUAUCUACACUCUUAUGAACCGAUGGAUCCUGGGAGAGGCGCUCUGCAAGGUUACAAACUUUGUGCAGUGCAUCUCAGUCACAGUCUCAGUGCUGUCCCUUGUGCUCAUUGCUUUGGAAAGGCACCAGCUAAUCAUUCACCCAACAGGUUGGAAGCCUCUACCCUGGCAUGCCUAUCUGGCAGUGGCAGUAACCUGGGCUGUGUCCUGCUUUAUCUCAUUGCCUUUUCUCUCCUUCACCAUUCUUACCAGACACCCAUUUCAGAAUCUUUCUCUUCCCUUUGACCCAUUCAUUGAUCAUUUUGUGUGCACAGACAGCUGGCCCUCCGAGAACCACCGCCUUGCCUACACCACCUGCCUCUUGCUCUUCCAGUACUGCCUCCCCCUGCUUCUCAUCCUGCUUUGCUACCUGCGUAUUUUUCUUCGGCUUCGCAAGAGGAGAGACGUGGUAGAGAGGGCAGGAGGUGGAGAUGCAGGAGGACGCAAGGGAGGCCACCGCAGGGUUAAUGUCAUGCUGCUUUCCAUUGUUGUGGCCUUUGGGCUGUGCUGGCUGCCACUAACUGUUUUCAAUGCUCUCUUCGACUGGGACCAUGAGCAAAUUUCAGCCUGUUACCACAACCUCAUCUUCUCCCUGUGUCACCUGGCGGCAAUGGCAUCUACUUGCGUCAACCCAGUCAUGUAUGGCUUUCUCAACAGCAACUUCCAGAAGGAAGUGAAGACAAUUUUACUGCGUUGCCGCUGUGCUGGGGGUAGGGACCGAUAUGAGAGUUUCCCACUCUCCACUGUCAGCACUGAGGUGUCCAAAGCAUCUCUGCAGAGUGUCAUCACCAAUGGAAACAAUGUAUGAGCCAACUGGAAUGACUGAUGGAGCGAGUGGGAGCACCAGUACUGAGAAGAAAUCUACCUCCUCUUGUGAGGCCACAUCUCAGUUAUCCUGGCCAGUGUCAUGUAUAAUGCUGCAUUUAUUGAUUGGGUUCUUAUUCAGAGCUCCAACCGAAAAGUAACUCUUGUGUGAAGCUCACUAAGGCAAAGUCUAUGUGGAUUAAAUAAAGCCAGUCAUGCCGCCAUGAUAAUGUACUAUGGCUUAGCAACAAAACAGACGGAGUGAUAUACAGAAACAACAUUGUGAUACUGCAAAGGGCCAAAUGCCUGUGAUGCUUCUUGUUUCUCUCUAUGUUCUGUUCUUUGGGACCAUCAUAGUUCUAAAGACCUACAGACCUUGAACCCAAUCAUAUGUAUUCUAAUAAGAGCCUUUUAUAAAAUCUGUCAAAUUGAAUUCCCAAGUGACGUAUGCCAUGGGAGUUGGUAUAGAUUUUGCCAUUUUUUACUUACUGGGCUUUGGGAGCAAAACAAGGUGAAUGUAAUUGCAAAUGAUCCAAACAGGUGUAGAUAUCAAACAACGUUAUUGUUAUUAUUGUUUUUUGUUGCUAAACUGUUAGUCAUUGCUA